AUGUACUCUACACUGCAGCGACUCAAUCAUCUCUCUUCGCUCGCUACGACCUAUAUUAUGAUCCUGUUAGGUCUGAUAUCGAUAGCUUCGUUCCUUUCUCAUCCUUCAGUCAAUACAGGCAACGUGGAAAUCAAAGAUUUGAUCAUUCAAAAAGGCAGAUUGAGGAGAUGGGGAGCUAGACAAGAAGAAUUAGCUUCAUUACAUUUCGAUAUCCGAACUGACCUUAACCCAUUAUUAAACUCUUACAACACCAAACAACUAUUUGUCUAUCUCACCGCAUCCUACGAAGAAGGCUCUACUGGGAAUGCUCAUGAGGUAGUUGUAUGGGAUAGGAUCAUUCAAAGAGCAGAUAUAAGAGAUAUUAGAGCUGUAGGAAAUAAAUUACCGAAGGCUAAAGCAGGAAGAAAAGGUAGAGGAAACGUCAGAGUUGAAGCAGGUAAAAACAAAUAUCAAUGGAGAAACCCUUCUGGUACUUUCAAGGACGUCGAAUACGCAAAUAUGACACUUCAUUAUCAUCUCAUGCCUUAUGUAGGUGUCCUUUCUUCGGGUGUAGCAGCCACUGCACAAGGCCCAGUGACUAUUCCGGAAUUGAUCAAGCGUUGA